CCAUGAAGUGGUCAAUCACCUUGACAAGAACGGUGGGACGGAUUGGCAGAAGCACAUUGCCGAAAUUCGAGUCAAGCUUGAUAAGCUAUCAUCUUCAAACAAAAGUCCGCCAACUACAUCAACAUCAUCAACAUCAGCCUCUGACGAAGAUCCGCCAUGCACGCUUUCCUCAUCUGACCUGAAAGAGGAUGACUGUGUGGAGAUUAUCAGCCGCAGCAAAGUUGGAAAAGUCAUUGGAACCGAAAAUGGACUUUGGAAGGUAGACCUGCUUGAUGGAACCAUGUGCACAGUCCCAACAGAGGACUUAAGGCGCAUGGAAGGCUGGUUGCCCUUGAAUUCUCGACCACUUGAACCCGCAGGCCAUUUGGCCCAGCUCCAUGCCGGUCUGUCCGAGUUACUUUCUUUGCUUUUGGUUACGGAGGGUGAUGAGAGGCGCAAAGCCAGAUUCAACGAGAUCAGUUUUUCCUACAAGAAGGAGUGGGCACGGCUUCUCACCGACAAGGACUUGCACUAUGUGAUUGCAGGCUUGGUUUCCAGCGGCAAGACGACUCUGGCAAACAGUCUCCUUGCUCAUUCCGUUCCCGAAGAAUGGAAAGGAGACAUGCUCCCAUCUGCAGCCCUUGAAAACACAUCUGCGGUGACUAUGUUUGCCUACAAUGCAAAGAUGCAUGAACAGAUACGUGCAAGAAUCGACACAGUCCGCUUGACAGGGCACCCCGAUGGGGAGGCUUCCAGCUACGAGAGCCAUGCUGAUCCAUCAUCGAUGACAUUGAGUUCCAUGAAAGAACUGCAAGAGAAAAUCCCUUCACUCUUGCGCAAAUUGACUGGAACGAAAGAUGCCUUCAAAAGGCUCGUGGUUGAGAUUCCUUACCUGCUCAACGUGGUCCCUGGAAUACACGAAAAAAUCUUUGGAAUCCACCCUUCUGAAGUACUUGUGGACACACCAGGCUUGGAUUCGCCAGGUCUCAAAGAACAUCUGGCCUCCAUCCUCGCUGAGAAGUGCUUCUUGUACUGCUUCAUUGUGAAUGUGGAGUCCGCAUCACCCUUCGGCAACCACGGCUUUGAGCUUUUGCAGUUCUUGACCCGAAAUGUUGAGAUGAUGUUUCCCCCGGUCAUCAUUUUUACAAAGUUCAAACAAUUGGAAGAGACAUCCAGAGGGACUACUUGGAAGAUGGCAAAUCCGGGAGGUUUGACAGGGCGCCUGAAGGAUUUGGUGAAUCUCACGCUUGACAAGCUGGAGGAAGCCGGCAUCCCACAUUGUCCAUUUUUUGCCGAUGUCGAUGCACUAUGGGCUUCCAGAGACUUCGAUGAACUUCCUGAAUUUAAAGAGGAGAUCCAGGCAGCUCAGGAUGGUUUAUCUGAGUUCUUCAAGGCCUUGGUUUGCUUGGGGAGGAGCAUUGCAACCCCACUUCACCAAUGCAGGCUGCUGGAACUUCAGAAUCAAACAACUCAAACCAUCAUCAACGAGAUCCACCAGGAAGAUGGACAGCGGCUUUUGGAGGGAGAAGACUUGGAUGAUCUGAAAAAGCUUGGUGAGAAACUCAAGCAGGACUUUUCCGAAAAUGUGGACAACUAUCUCCAUGUGCAGUGGACUGACCGCGGCAUCCUCCAAUAUGAACCUCAAAAGCCCUUCAGUCGAGACACCUGCGCCAUCAGUCGCAUGCCUGCAGAGUUUCGUAAAGUCUUCCAAAGCUAUAAAGAGAGAAAUCCCAAAGUUGAGAACAAAGGUGAAGCAGUGAGAGCCAUUGUGGAAGAAACAAACAAACAGGUACUGAGUCUGAUCGCCGAUGACCUUAGCAAGUAUGAAGCCGAUGCCCUUGACAGAUUCAAAGUGACCCUGUGGAAGAAAAUGGGAACAAAAGAUAUGGAUCUCAAGCAGCACUUGGAGUUUUCAUUUUGGCAAUAUUUGGUGGGCGGUGGUCUUGGAACUGGUGCAAUCUGUGCAGGGGUUGCAGCUGGGGAGGCCGCCUUUGCAGCUGGCGCAGCAGCAUACUUCACAGGUGCUGCAGCGCUUGUUGGUACCGGAGUUGGCGCUCUUGGUCUUGUGCUUUGCGCGGCAUUUUUCUGCAAAGAUCUUUGGGGGGGCUGGACCUGGGAAGGAGGAGAGAAGGCUUCAUGGGAGGCCCUCCUGGAUGCCUGCAACAAGAACUGCCCCAAAAUUCGUGAUUUUGUCAAGAAGGGCUUCAACAAAAAAGUGGAUGAGAUCUUGCAGAAGAUUGAAGCUCACCGCACAGUCCCCAGUCCUGAGACUUCAGAAUGCCAAGCUGCAAAGAUUCAGACUUCAGCAAAAAAAAGCUACAAACAUGUGGCCAAACAGCUCCAAGAAAUCCUGAAGGGCAAGAAGGAGAGGUGGCUCGGAAAAAAGGUGGCUCCUCCAUCCAAAUUGGAGCAGAUUUGCAAGGAAGUGUUGGAGGAUCGGCACCAAAAAGCGAACAGAUUCACUCUGAACAUGGGAUCAAUGAGCGGCUAAGGUCGCUGAGCUUGGUCUAGAGUCUAGAGUCUAGAUUUCGUCCCACUGCAGAGUAAGAGAUUUGGAAUUUUGCCAGAACACAAGUUUUAUGGCGACCGACAGAAGCGACAAAA